UUAAAAGAUGGCAGCACCUGAAAUACGCGUACCUCGGCUUGAUAUGUAGAUUAUAGAAUUUGAAAGCUUUCAUGUAAACUUUUUAUAAUUUAUGAAAAAUUAACAAAUGAAAUGAAAAUUAAAACGUCCUUAUUAUUUGAAAUACAGGGUGAUCUAGGAUUAACAGAUGUUUAUUAAACCUAUAACCAAAUGAUGAAUUAUUUAAAUAAUUCGAUAGGUGGUGCAGUGACUGGUGAUUCUGGUUUACAAUUGAACAAUGUAGAAAUAUUAUAUACUAAAGUGCAAAGAGUUUAUAUGAAGCCACAAAAUAAAGAAGAACGUCAACGUGAACUGAGGGUUAAUGUGGAAUGCCAUGCGGGUAUUAGUCCUGUAUGUCGCAAGAGUUUAUGUGUUUUGUUAGCAGAUGACGAUGAUCCUUGUUUCCUUUAUUCCUUAUUCAUCACAGAAGACGAUUUCAAAAUUUUGAAAUCUCAACAAGGAUUAUUAGUAGAUUUUGAUAAUUUUGCGACUCAACUAAUAUAUUUAUUAGAGCAAUGUCAAAUACCUGCUACAAAUCUAUCAAAAUCACCACCAAAGUUUUUGUUGUUAUUAGCAGAAGAAGGUGGAGAAUGGAUGUUAAAAUUGGUUGAAACAAAUAAUUUUAAACAUUUAUGUCAUUUGAGCCUAAAUAUAUCACCUGCAAGUGAUUCAGAUUUGAAAACGCACAUGGCCAUGAAAAUUAAACAGUUGAAAGAAAAUAUUUUACAACAAAAUAGAGAUGCACUUGCACUUGAAACAAGAUUGAAUGACUUAUUAAAUAAAGUAGAAACAAAAACUAGGGAAUUGGACCAAUUGGAACAAAAGUAUGUAACAGAAAAAAGUCAAAUGCAAAUACUUUCAUCGGAACAAAUAGGCCUUGAAAAAGAUAAGUUUGCCAAAGCACAGUUAGAGUGGCAGUGUCAAGGUGAAAAACAAAAAAUAGAAAUAGAACGUAGGCAUACAGAAAUAAUAAAACAGCUUCAUACUGAACUGGCAGAAUUACGUACACAAAAUUCAACGUACAAAGAUAAGUUAUCUCUUCUUGAAGCAACUAAUGUGGAACAACUUAAACAGCUGCAAAAUCUUGAAAAAGACCUUAAUAUUACUCAGAGAGAUUUGAAUCUACUGAAAAAACAAAAUUCUAAAUUAGAUACAGAUUAUCAUGACAGAGAUAAAACAGUAAAUAGUUUGAGAACAAAAGUUGCUGUACUUGAACAAGAAUUAAAAGAUAAAGGUAUACUUAUUACCAAACAUACCGAAAUGUUAAAAACUGCCAAAGAACAGAAACAGCACCUUGAAGAUCUUCUAACUGAAAAAGAAGGUCAGUUACAACGCAAACAAAAUUCUUUACGAAAUUUAAGUGAUGACUUGGUUAAGGCUAAUGAAAUAUUAACAAAAUUACAAAACGAACUUGCUUCCACAAAAUCUAAAUUAAAAUUAAGAACCAGUAUAGCACUUGAACAAGAAAGGUUAUUAGAUACUAAACAAAAAGAAGUUGGUCAAUUAGAAAACAAAAUGGAAAAUUUAGUGAAAGAAACAAAAGAUGCAAAAACAGAGAUUGAAAAUUUGAAAGAACAGCUCAAAACUCAACAGAAUCAGUUAGAGGAGAAAGAAAAGAUAAUAAAGAAUAAUGAUAAUGUAAUAAGUUGGUUAAAUCGACGAUUAGCAGAUAGCCAAUCUCCACUACAAAAUGCUACUGUAACAGCACCAAUUACAGUACCAUCUUCGACUCAUUUAACAUUACCUCGAACGAAUAAAUUAGUUAGUAAUAAAUAUGAAACACGUACAUCUGCACCGAAUAUAGUACAAUCGAAUGCAUUAUCUGGAUUACCACUGAGAAAUCCCAUUGUACAAAAUCCAAAUAUUAAUCAAACCACACGUAUGACAGCACGAUCAAUGGGUGUUGGUAUUACUGAUAAUACAAUGGGCAUAUCAACGUUUAAUAAAAGUGGUCAAAUUUCGAGUACUAGUACACCUAUGGAACGUAUCAAUUCUUUGAACAAGUUAUCUGGAAAUAUCGCAGGUUCGUCUUUGGUACCAGUCGCUGUAGAAAAUAAUAAUUCAUCUGUACCACCAAAUGGUACAAAGAUAAAAAGUACAAGUGUCACACUACAGAGUGGAUUAAGAAGGGCAGGUUUAUCUGAUAAGCCAAUUUUACCAUCUGCAUAUUUUCCUAAAACAUUACAUUGAUUAAAUAUACAACAAAGACUAUCAGUAGUAAUUAUACAUCAAAGUUGUGAUGCCAUAUAAAAACAUAUCAGAAUAUAAUAUUAUGUAUAGUAUAAAUGGUUAUUAUUUCAAGUUUAAUGUUGGAAAACAGUACAAAAUAGUUAUGCAAAGCAAAUGAUGUUAAAACAUUUUGAAUUUUAUAUCUAAAGAUAUUGUUUUUAUAAAUUUAUAUGCAUGUAUUAUGAGGAAAUGAUAGACAUACUCAUUUCUUAUUAUUUUUCCUAUCUACGCGAUUUAAUUCGGUGUUUAUUGCUAAAAGAUAAUAAUGUAAUAAAAAUCAUAAGAAUCUAUAUUUUUGCAAGUACGUACUUUGCUUCUAUAUUCGCUAAAAAAAAAAAGUAAAUGUUGGGAAGCAUAAUCAUCUCAGAUAUGAUAACAAAUAAUAUAGAAUAUUAAUUACUAAUCAUCACAUGCACAUAAUAUUUUUUAAUAACACUGUGUCAAUUCAUCACUGUUUUUAUAUAGCUACUUUAUCGUGGAUUUCAAAUUUUAAAUCAACAAAAUGCUAUAUAAGGAUUCAAUUAACAUUUUGUCUCAAAAUUAAAUACUGCUUGUUAUUAUAGUCCAUAAAAUCAUAAUCUUAUUCUUUAAAUAGGUACCUGGGAAAGCUUUUAUCUUACAGAUUAAAGUGUGUAUAUAUCGUAGUUGUUACAAAUUUUUUAAGCUAUGUUAAUCUCUAGUAAACUGAAUAAAUGUAUUGAAUAAUUGGAAUGUCUUAUGAUAAAAUUAGAUUAGCAGGAUUUGUUAUAAAUUUACAUUUAGUAAAAUUCAUGUAAUAUUGUCUUAAAAUAAAUGUAUAUUUUUUAUAACUUUGUAAUAAUAAAAGCGAUUUGUACGUAUUUUGUAUCAGGUAUUUUCAGAAAUAAUCAUAUUUAUCAGAUGUAACAUAAUAUUUUUUCAGUAUUUUUAAAAUAGAUAACGAAAAUAAGAUGUUGAUAUAAAUAAAAUGAACUAGAAGCUUCAACAAAUUGUACAAUUUUUAUAAAUACUGGGCGUCCUAAAAUAUUGGCAACAAACUUUAGGAGCAUGUAGUUACUCAUGAGAACAAACAGGAAGGUCUUGAUAAACAGGAGUCAAAAAUUAGUUUCGGAAUUACAAGAUGUUUUUAUCAGUAAGACAUUAUUACCUUUAUGGCAUACAUAUGUUCAAUACGUUCUCCGUUAGUUUUAAUACACACUUCGACAUAUUUCCUCAUAGAAGCGCGCACAUGUUGAAAGAUCCCCGGCAUUUCUCUUAUAUAUCUCUUGGCAGCAGUUUUCGAUUCGUUGUAUUAUCUCAUUUACGAAGCAACUGGUUUACUAUGCACUAUUUUUUGUACGCUAAACAUCUCGUAAUUCCAAAAUUAUUGGUUUUUCGACCCAUGCUCAUUAAGACAUUUUUGCUUAUUUUGAUGAUUAUUACGUGCUUCUAAAGUUUGUUCCCAACAUUUUAAAACACCCUGUAUAACAGAAACUGUAAAUAUAUCAAGAAUAUGUAAGAAUAACAAAUUAAAGUAAUUGUAACAUUUUAUUAUUCAAGAAUCUCUUAAUAUUUGUUUUUCUACAAUUUUUUUAUAUGGUUAUUUAUACAAAUUUUGCUUAUAUAUUUUCUUUCAGACAUGAAAUAUUUCUAGUCUACAAGGUAUUUGAUACAUAUAUUUCAAUUUUUUCAAUAAUACAAUAAUGAAAUUUCACUAAAUUUCAUAUGCUGGUUAUAUGUAUAUAUAUAUAUAUAUAUAUA